CACAUGCCUAUUUCUGGCCGUUCUUUCUCUCUCUCUCCUCCCCAACUCACAAACUUCGUCAUCAUCACAAUACUUUCUCUCUCUACUUCUUUCAUCUUCUUCUCCGUUUCUCUCUCCAUUUGAUUUCAUACGAAUCUCUCAUAUUUCUCUCUCUUCCCCCCUGUUUCUUCCUUUCCUCUCUGUAUUCAUGACGGACAAGGGAAGGCCACUGCCCAAGUUUGGUGAAUGGGACGUCAAUGACCCAGCUUCGGCAGAGGGAUUCACUGUGAUCUUUAAUAAAGCCAGGGAUGAAAAGAAAACAGGUGGGAAACCUGAGUCCCCUGCGAAGAACCUGCCCACAUCUAGGCCCGGAAUGGAGCCCAGCAAGUCUCAGCCUAAAAAAUGGUUAUGCUGUGUACAAGCCCCAGAUGUGCACUCUUAAUGGGGAUGCGUUCUUCUCAUAAGACUUGAUAUGGAAGGGGGGAUGUUUGGCUGAGAUCCCACCCCAACACAUUUCACCCAAAAGACAAAGAUGUAAGAGUUGUGAUAGGGUGCUUCCUGGAACAACACGAAUUUUUUUUCUUUUCUCUGUGCUGUUGGAAUGAGUUGGUGUGGGAAGGAAUAUGAAAAGAAGACUCUUAUAUUGUAUUUAUAUGUACUGAAUUGUGUGGGUCAUUAUUAAGAAAACCGGAAGUUUUCCUUUCUUACUCACUCUCCAUUUCUUGUGCUUUUGAGUUGUAAAGUUUUUUCAUCUUGUGAUAUAACCUUUGGUUUCUGUAUCAGUGGAGUGUUAUUGGUUUUGCCUUA